UAUCAGAACAGAAAAGCGCGUAGAACCUCUGGAAAUUCGACAAUGGCGAAGAACAGACAAAAGAAGAAGAAAAAUGGAUCGGCUGAAACGGCUAUGGAUAUCGCGCCAGCUGAUAAUUCGUCUCAAGCUAUGGACACAUCUGAGAAUUUAGGUUCCAGCGUUUCUGUUGGUGUAUCACUCAGGAAAACGAAGAAGGGGCGGCCCAUGAAGAGAUCAAAGAAUGUGCGGAAGUUGAAGGCCGUAGCUAAAGCUAUAUGUCAAACUGAAAAGUCGGUCGAGAAAGUAUCAAAAGGUGAAUGCAAGAUUGUGAGAACUAAAUCUGCUAAAAAUCUUUACGAUUAAUUCUUUCACCGGAUAUAAAUCCUACUCUUAGAGGCCUUAGAGUAUGUUAGUACGUGUAAUAUUAUUUGUUUCUUGUUCAGUGGCAACUUAUUAUAGAUUUUUUUUUUCUCGUUUCCCUACUGGUAGUAAUUUAUUCAGUUUCCAUUUUCUUAAGUUUGCAAGUGAAGAAAUGAAAUAUAUCAGUUGGGGGCCAAGUGUUGUAAGUUUGAGCUACAUAAAUCUGCACAUUUGAAUUGUAUUACCUCACUGUUUACUGACUAAAGUUAUCACCUUUA